GAUAACCGAACCGGCACCCGGCACCGCGGCGUUUUGUUUUGGUUAUUUGGUUACUUUUUGAUAACUAACUGUAUUGAUUGCGGUCUAUAUAAUAUUAUAACUGACUAAACAACAUUAAUUCGCACUCAUAGACAUUUAAAAAUGCUCAGACAGCUUGGAAAACUUCUUGUACCAAGAUUAGACUUGAAGUAUCAACCGUUGGCGCUCACAGUACAACGCAAGGCAUCAGAUGUUAGUUCAGGCAGUCAUUCUCAACCUAUGAGAAGUUAUGAAAAAUGUGUUAACCAGGUGACGUUGUUGGGUCGUGUGGGAACCGAGCCACAGAAGAGAGGGAAUGACAAACACCCGGUCGUUAUCUUCACUCUCGCCACCAACUCCAGAUACGAGUCGUCUGGGGAACUCAUGGUGAAAACUGAUUGGCAUCGGAUCUCCGUAUUCAAACCUUCGCUACGAGACACAGUGUACACCUACUUGCGGAAAGGUCAGCGCAUCUACAUCACUGGCAAACUUUCCUACGGAGAAAUCAAGGAUGAAGAUGGAACUACAAGACAGUCUACGUCCAUCAUCGCAGAUGAAAUUGUAUUCUUCCAGUCAAACGACUAGUUUUUGUUACUUAACAAUUAAUUCUAAGUCAUGUAAAUACUAGCUGUAAAAAGAUAUACAAUAUACGCUUACCUUUCUACCGUGA